AUGGCUUCCAGGUCGCCGUCGUCCUCUCCGGACACCGCGACGGGUUCAGGUACCGACCCGGCCCGGCCAGACACCGGGGAGCCCCUCGGUGGAGCGGGCUCGGACUCAGACUCGGACUUGGGUUUGUGUAAAUUUGACUACGGUGCAAUGGAGGCUGGGGAACGUCUUGAAGGUGAUGAACUGGUGCAGGAGUUCCAAUCAGCCGCCGACCGUGUUGGAGGUUUGGUCCAAACUGCCAGCAGGGACCAAUUACUUUACCUUUAUGCACGCUACAAACAGGCCAAAGUGGGAAAAUGCAAUACACAAAAGCCAGGCUUCUUCGAUUUCGAAGGACAGAGGAAAUGGCAAGCAUGGAAGCAGCUUGGGGACAUGGAGGCGGAGCAAGCAAUGCAAGAAUACAUUUCUUGUGUCAACAUGUUAGACCCUGAAGGCAGCCAGAGGGAGAGCAGAGGAGCAGAGAGGCGAACGGGCUUUGGAGGAGCAGCGGUCAGCUCUUUGUACCAAGAGGAGACGAUCAGAGAGGAGGAUAAGAACAUAUUUGAUUACUGUCGAGAAAACAACAUUGAGCACAUCAGCAGGGCCAUCAGCUCCCAGAAUGUGGACAUCAACGGCAAAGACGAAGAGGGUCGAGCUCUCCUACACUGGGCUUGCGACAGAGGCCACAAGGAGCUGGUUUCAUUUCUUCUACAGCACAAAGCUGAUAUCAACAACCAGGAUAAUGAAGGACAGACGGCGCUACAUUAUGCAUCGGCAUGUGAAUUUGGCGACAUCGUGGAGCUCCUGCUGAGUGCCGGCGCUGACCCAUCCAUCAAAGACAUGGAGGGCUCCCUCCCUGAGGAAGUCACAGAAUCCCGCGCCAUCUCUUCACUGCUGCGCCAGUACACAGCUCCUAAAGGCUAG